ACUUACCCCCCACGCUUUCUUGCUUUCUCAGCUUCCGCGAAGUUCGGCGCACGCACGCACUCUCGGGAUUACAAUCGAGACCGCAGCCGAGGUAAGCAGCCCGGGUGAGUGAGCGUUCAUGACGGCGUGACAGGCUUGGUGGUGGGUGUCAGCUCGAGGCGAGGCCACAUUAUUAUUUGCGGCUUUAACACUUGCACACGUGUACGCAUCGAGACAUGGUGACUUCGCCAACGUAUUCGCUCCCCAGUGAAGCCCACCACGUUCGCCUCGGCUCCUCGCUUUCGCUUCGGAAAGGUCGCACUACUCUACCAUACACCAAUCAUUCUACACCGGCAGCGAGGUGCUAUAUCUAGAGCAAACGGUGAAGACACUCCACUACAUACCGCACUACACACGCACACGUGCACGAUGCCAAUUCUCCGCCGCUAUGUCCGCGUCUCCAAAUACACAGUGCUGGAAGCCCGCGUCUUCGUGCCCAAUCCUGCAGACGUGCUGUGGCUCACGCGUGCCGGCGCAAUCGACCGCGUCUUUGCCGAGAUUAAGCACCUGGUGCUGCCGAUGCUGUCGGAGGCGCGCAAUCUGCGCGGCGCCGCCAGAGUAAAGGCGAAGGAGAAGCAGGUCGUCGUCGGCGAGGACUUCGAGGCCGCCAUGUACCUUACCGGUGCGGGUUCGCUGCAUGCCGUGCUCCGCAAGGAUCGCGACGUCGAGGUCAAGACGCUUCCCAUAAGGUCAAAUUCCACAGCUCUUACCGACGCGGCGAGGUCCUCGCCCGUAGUGCAGAUCCGCGAAGAGGAGGAUGCGGAUGACGAGAUGCAAAUCAUGGACAUUCCCGAGGCGCCGCCGCCGCCGGCCGGCGUGGAGGAGGAACCGCUAUUCCUCCCUGGACCUGGCGAUUCCGACUCGGAUGACGAUUUCGUUCCCCGUCGUUCUCCUCCUCCUCCAUCACGGGGUCGGCGAGCUGAGACGCAAUUGGGAGAGCCAGGAACGGAGGACAAGAAGGAAAAGGUCAAGUUUCGGACCGAGUACGAGGGCUUCACCAUCUACGACAAGGUGCUCUGCCUCGUGGUCACACGCAAAGAGAAGAGGAAGGAGAAGGGAAAAGGAAAGGCUGGGGACAAGACUGGCGGAGAUACGGUUGACUUGUUUGAUCGCUGGAUCACUAUGAGUCAGGCUGCGCGGGAUGGCGGAGAGCCUGACGGCAACGAAUGAGUGAGGAUCUGGGACCUACCGUUCGUUCGUUCACCGAUAAUGCCAUGACCUACCACUCUAUUUGCGACGAGUCCCUUUCUUUCACUGUAUUUUGCGAGGCAGUGAAAACAUGGGGUAUCAGCCGAGUCAGAUAGGGCACGGCGGAGGGGGUGG